GAGGACAGAGGACAGAGACUAGGGAAACAUAUAAAGACAAACGAAGCAUAGUAUUCCGGUCUCCGGAGUAGUCAUACUCAUACCAGAGAAAGAAGCAAUCAAAACCAAAUCAACAUCACAAAACUCUCUUCCACCCAUACCAACACUCAACAACUCACUCAAACUUGUCAGUUCUACAGAGAAAGAGGAAAAAAAGAGAAAGAGAUGAGUGGGGAUGGAAGGAGAGAAAGGAGAGACAACGAUGACAAGGGUUUGUUAUGGAAAUUGCCUGUUAUCAAGACUAAUGAGUUAGGGAAACUUGGCCCUGCUUUUGGUAUUGGUGUUGGUUUUGGUCUCGGUGUUGGUAUUGGAUUCCUUGGAGGUGUAGGGAUAGGUCCUGGAAUUCCUGGACUGCAGCUAGGAGCUGGGUUUGGUGCUGGAUGUGGAGUUGGAGCUGGCUUUGGUUACGGCAUGGGGAAAGGAGUUGCACACGAUGACGUUCGGCGAUAUUCUAAUGUUGGGCGACCUUCUCUGGAGAACGGACAUCUUCCUUCUCAGAAAUAUCACUUACUAGACUUUCUUGUACUCUAUGUGUAUUCUCCAAUUUGUCCAGGGAAGAAAUAGGAGUUCUGAUUGAUGAUUUGGUUGUGCAAACAAAAAAGGUAAUCCGGGUAACUUCAAGAGAGAUUGAUAAAUGGAGAAGAUGAAGACUACUGGAUUGUAUGCAUGUCAUUUCAUUAUUAUUUCUUAAUGAUUCUAAGUGGCAAUGAAAAUCAUACUUCAAGUCGUCAAACUCAGACUUCUUACUACUGUUUUAUGUUUGUACAUACAUUUGCUUGAACUUUGACUUCUGCAUGAACAUCAAAACAUAAUGAUACGUUUUACAGCUUUGGAGGGAUUGCGUAGAAGCAAGUAGGUAUCUGUACAGUGUACACUAUAACUCACUUGGUAUUUAUGUAUGUUAAUUAAGUUCACUGUUUC